AUGGAAAGCCCCCCUUCAAUUUCAAUUGCUCACAUAAUUUUGUUGGUUAUUAUCGCAGUCUGUAUUGUCCCACGAACAACCGCUUGGAACCCACCAGCAAACCGAUUUGACUACAGCAAUGCAUCCCUCGAUAAAGCAUCCAAAGACUAUGGAAACAUAGUUCAUCUUAGACCACAUUCCAUCUUAGAUCCUAAGUGUGUCAGUGACAUCCAGAGUCUAAUUUGGCAAAAAUAUAACCACUAUGACACUGAAACGAACAAGAGCAUUGCCAUAAGGGCCUGUGGACAUUCCACGAGGGGGCAGUCCCAAGUCCUGAAUGGCAUAGUGGUCAACAUGACUGCUAUGAACAAUACCCGUUGGAGUAGGAUCAACAUUGGUAAGAAUUACAAAUUAGGUUAUUAUGCAGAUGUCGGGUGUGAGCAGCAGUGGCUGGACGUUCUCCAGGCCACGCUUAAGGUUAAUCUUACCCCAGUUUCGUGGACGGAUUAUCUGCACGAGAGCGUGUGCGGGACACUCUCUAACGCGGGUAUAAGCGGACAAUCGUUUCAGCAUGGUCCCCAAAUAUCAAAUGUUUAUUCUCUCUAUGCAAUUACGGGUACGGGAGACCACAAAUAUUGCGAACCAAACUGGAACUCGGACCUAUUUUAUGCCCUUCUCGGUGGCCUUGGACAGUUUGGCAUCAUGACCAAGGCACGAAUCAGACUCGAAAAAGCGCCAACAAGGGCAAUCACGACGAGAUUACUUUACAUUGACUUUUCUGAUUUCUCAAAUGACCAAGAGUUUCUUAUUUCAACCAAUCUACCCAACUACACUGAAGGUUUCAUUAUCGUAAAUAACAAAAUACCCAGCGGUUGGAUAACUUCCAAUUCUUCAGUCACUAUAUCCGAUGUUGAUGCCUUGUUGAAGAAUUAUACUGUCCUAUAUGCCAUUGAAUUUGCCAUGUAUUACGACGAUCAAACUGUCGACACUGUUCAUGAGGAAUUCCAGAUGUUGAUUGGCAAGUUGAAGUUCAUCCCUAACUUCAUAUUCAAUUCGGAUGUAUCCUACUUCGAUUUCCUUUACAGAGUCGGAGACUUGGACCGUCCCGACCGGGGAUCACUGCAAGCUCAUCCAUGGCUCGUUGUAUUUAUCCGGAGAUCCCAAAAGGACGAGUUUAAUAAAUAUGUCUUGGCUGGCUUGCUUCCGACACUUGGCGAAGCACCUACCAUCCCCAUUUACUACCCUCUAAACGCAACAAAAUGGAGUAAUAAAACCUCUGCAGUGAUACCAGAUGAAGAGAUAUUCUACACUUUAGGACUGCUACAUAGGAGUGCGCCCGUUGAUUAUAAGGUCUUUGAUGAUUUCAACCAAAAGCUAUUGCGUGUCUGCAAUGAAAAUGGUAUCGAGUACAAGAAGUACCUGGCGUUCUACGACAACCAGUCACAGUGGAUUGGACAUUUUGGAUCUAAAUGGGAAGCCUUCCGUCAAAAUAAAAUGAAGUUUGAUCCAAAAUUGAUCUUGUCUCCAAGCCUAAAUAUUUUCAAUUAA